GCGGCCACUUGAGCUCCAUUCCUCGCUCGCAUUCUUCCGGAGGCCCUCUAACAAUGGCCGUCAACCACCUCCUUCAUUCCACUCUCAGGCCUCAGUUUGGUACCUUAACAAAAGCAUUCACUUCUUUUAGAAAAGCAUCAUGGGAACGUGUCGUCCUCGCUCCUUUCCUGUCCCGCUUACAUGGUACAGAGGCAUCUGCACAAAAAGAGGAUUCGAGGUUCAAGGGGCAUGAUAUGCUUGCACCUUUUACUGCAGGAUGGCAGACCACCGAUGUUAGUCCACUGAUUAUAGAAAGAUCUGAGGGUUCGUAUGUAUAUGACAUUAAUGGAAGGAAGUACCUUGAUUCUCUUGCCGGUCUAUGGUGCACAUCCUUGGGUAUCACAAUCUGCACUAACACGAACUCUUGUUCUGCAUAUAUUGAAAAGUUUAGUUUCAGUAAGUUAGUAAAGGCAAGACUGGAAUUUGUAGGGGGAAAUGAACCACGACUUGUGGAAGCUGCAACAAAACAACUAAAUGUCUUGCCAUUUUACCACUCCUUUUGGAAUCGUACUACGAGGCCUUCUUUGGAGCUGGCAAAGGAACUGCUUGAAAUGUUCACAGCUAGAAAAAUGGGGAAAGUCUUUUUUACAAACAGUGGUUCAGAAGCUAAUGAUACUCAGGUCAAACUGGUAUGGUACUAUAACAAUGCACUUGGAAGACCAGAUAAGAAGAAGUUCAUAGCUCGCUCAAAGGCAUAUCAUGGUUCAACAUUAAUAUCAGCCAGUCUUACUGGCCUUCCAGCUAUGCACCAGAAGUUUGACAUUCCUGCUCCAUUUGUUCUGCACACUGAUUGUCCACAUUACUGGCGUUACCAUCUUCCAGGUGAGACAGAGGAAGAGUUCUCAACCAGAUUAGCCAAAAACUUGGAAGACCUUAUACUCAAGGAGGGACCAGAGACAAUUGCUGCGUUCAUCGCCGAACCUGUCAUGGGUGCUGGUGGUGUGAUUCCUCCACCAGCUACUUAUUUUGAAAAGAUCCAACCUGUGCUCAAGAAGUAUGAUAUACUUUUCAUUGCCGACGAGGUAAUCUGUGCCUUUGGAAGACUGGGGACAAUGUUUGGAUGCGAUAAAUACAAUAUAAAACCGGACCUUGUAUCUCUUGCAAAGGCACUUUCCUCGGGAUACAUGGCUAUUGGAGCUGUUCUCGUGAGCCCUGAAAUCUCUGAUGUGAUUCACUCUCAAAGCAACAAGCUUGGUUCCUUUGCUCAUGGAUUUACUUAUUCUGGACACCCAGUCUCAUGUGCUGUCGCAAUUGAAACACUCAAAAUCUACAAGGAAAGGAAUAUAGUGGAGCAAGUAAAUAGCAUCUCCUCAAGAUUUCAAGAUGGCCUAAAAGCUUACUCUGAUAGCCCUAUCGUUGGAGAGAUACGGGGGACUGGCUUGAUCUUAAGCACAGAGUUUGCAGACAAUAAAUCACCAAAUGAUCCGUUCCCUCCUGAAUGGGGAGUUGGUGCAUAUUUUGGAGCCGAAUGUCAGGAAAAUGGUAUGCUAGUACGUGUUGCAGGGGAUACUAUAAUGAUGUCUCCACCAUUUAUCAUCUCCCCUCGAGAAGUGGAUGAGUUAAUCAGCAUUUAUGGGGAGGCACUGAAGGCUACUGAAGAGAGAGUGAACGAAUUGAAGGCUCAAAAGUAGAUGCAAAUAGUUACAACGAACAGCCUGAAAGUACCAGAUCCUGACUACUUUCAUGGAACAAAGAAAUCCUUCUCCAUGAUCACCAAAUGCUUGAUUGGUGGCGAAAAGUUGAUCAGCUUGCGUAUUAUUACAUGAGUAAUAUGUCUGCAAUCUUAACACUAGACACCCCCCCAAAGUAUGUAGAAAAACCUUGGAUGCUGUGAGAAAUGUCACUCAACAGCUAGAUUCUUAAGGUAAUGUUGAAUAAAAAGUUCUUUUAAGUUCUUAGCCU